UCAUCAAAUCUCCAUGAUGGAUCUUCUUCAAAAGUUCAUAGCCUUUGUCUUCCUCUCUCUCUUGAUCUCUCCUUCCAUUUCUGGCUUCUCAAUAGGUGAUGCCAAAUCUUGGUGCAGCAAAAUGCCUUACCCACAGCCAUGUGAGUACUUCUUGACCCACAACCCUAGGGAAACCCCCAUCAAGCAAAAAUCCGACUUCCUCAAGGUCUCAAUGCAGCUCGCGCUCGAGCGAGCCUUGCGGGCUCAGAGCAACACCAACUCGCUGGGCUCUAAGUGCCGUAACGAGCGUGAGAAGGCCGCGUGGGCCGACUGCCUCCAGCUCUACGAGCAAACCGUUGUCCGCCUCAACCAAACCGUCGACCUCAAGUGCACCCAAGAAGACGCGCAGACGUGGCUCAGCACGGCCCUGACCAACCUCGAGACCUGUCGGGCUGGGUUCGUCGAGCUUGGUGUCUCGGACUACGUGUUGCCUUUGAUGUCGAAUAAUGUUACGAAAUUGAUAAGCAACACUUUGGCCCUAAACUAUGUGCCGUACAAGCUGCCGAGCUACACCAAUGGGUUCCCCAAGUGGGUGAGGCCCGGUGAUCGGAAGCUCUUGCAGUCCUCAUCCCCGGCGCCUAAGGCCAAUAUUGUGGUGGCCAAGGACGGUUCUGGGAAGUACAAGACCAUUAAAGAAGCCAUAACCGCAGCAUCGAAAAGGUCCGGAACCGCGAGGUACGUGAUCUACAUCAAGGCCGGGACAUAUAAGGAGAACAUUGAAGUAGGUAGCAAAUUGAAGAACAUCAUGUUUGUGGGAGAUGGUAUUGGGAAGACCAUUAUCACCGGAAGCAAAAGCGUGGGUGGAGGAUCUACCACCUUCAAUUCGGCCACUGUUGCCGUUGUUGGCGACGGAUUUGUGGCCCAGGACAUCACUUUCCGCAACACGGCCGGCGCGGCCAAUCACCAAGCGGUUGCCCUACGGUCCGGCUCUGAUCUCUCUGUCUUCUACAAAUGCAGCUUCGAAGGCUAUCAAGACACCCUUUAUGUCCACUCUGAGCGGCAAUUUUACAAAGAAUGCAACAUCUAUGGGACAGUGGACUUCAUCUUCGGAAAUGCCGCAGUUGUUUUGCAAAAUUGCAACAUCUAUCCACGAAACCCUCCCAACAAAACUAACACUAUCACCGCACAAGGUCGGACCGACCCGAAUCAAAAUACCGGCAUCUCCAUCCACAAUUGCCGGGUCACCGCAGCUUCGGACCUAAAACCGGUCCAAAGUUCUGUUAAGACUUACCUCGGUAGGCCAUGGAAAGAAUAUUCUAGAACCGUCUUCAUGAAGACUUAUCUUGAUAGCUUGAUCCACCCUGCUGGUUGGAUGGAGUGGAGCGGCAACUUUGCUCUCAAGACCUUGUACUAUGGUGAGUACAUGAACACCGGACCCGGGUCAUCAACUAAGAACAGAGUGAAAUGGGGUGGCUAUCGGGUCAUAACUAGCGCGUCGGAGGCGUCCAAGUUCACUGUCGGGAACUUCAUCGCUGGCAACUCUUGGUUGCCGGCGACAAGCGUGCCUUUCACUUCCGGCCUCUAGAUUAGGAGAGCGUAAAAUUGGAGUGCAUAUUGGUUCAUUCAAUUUCAAUAACCUCAAGUUGCAAAACUAAGGUGAAGGAAUCACAAAUCAAGGAAAUCUCGUCAUCAACAGCCAUUUUCUACGUCGACAAUAAGUACAACCGUACAUUGAUCGUGAAGAUUUCUCUGCAUUUAGGGUUUUUAAUUCUUCGAUUUUCAGCUCCUUGUGACUUGAUAAGGAUUUGCAAUUCUUUAUAAUACUAAUCUGUAAUGCGCCCCCGAAAAGUUGUUUCCCAUUUAUAUUAUAUU